AUGGAGGGAAAACUUCUUCUCGUUCUUCUGUUUGUUGCUUCUGUCGCUGCUAGUGGAAAGUAUAGGCCUAAUUACAGACCUAAUCCACCACGAGGAUGUACCUACGAAGGAAAGACAUACAAUGUGGGACAGAAGUUCCCUGCUGGAGAUGACUGCAACACUUGUACCUGUAAAUCUGGAGGACGCGUGUCUUGUUCAAAGAAAACCUGCUUCUGUGACUACAACGGACAAAAAUACAAGGUUGGACAGAAGUUCCCCGCUGACGAUGGCUGUAACCAGUGUUCAUGUGGAUCUAAUGGACGUGUGUGGUGCUCCAAGAAGACCUGUAUCACAACUUGUAAAUAUAACGGUCAGAAAUACAAGGUAGGCCAGAAAUUCCCUAAAGGAGACGGAUGUAACACCUGUCGCUGUAAGUCUAACGGAAGUGUGUCCUGCUCCAGCAAGCACUGUCCUCCUCCAAGAUGUACCUACGAAGGAAAGACAUACAAUGUGGGGCAAAAGUUCCCGGCUGGAGAUGACUGCAACACUUGUACGUGUAAAUCUGGAGGACGCGUGUCUUGUUCAAAGAAAACCUGCUUCUGUGACUACAACGGACAAAAAUACAAGGUUGGACAGAAGUUCCCCGCUGACGAUGGCUGUAACCAGUGUUCAUGUAAAUCUAAUGGACGUGUGUGGUGCUCUAAGAAGGCCUGUAUCACAACCUGUGAAUAUAACGGUCAGAAAUACAAGGUAGGACAAAAAUUCCCUAAAGGAGACGGAUGUAACACCUGUAGUUGUAAGUCUAACGGAAGUGUGUCCUGCUCCAGCAAGUACUGUCCUCCUCCAAUAUGCAACUACAAAGGAGAGAUCUAUAACGUUGGUCAGAAGUUACCUGCUGGAGAUGAUUGUAACACGUGUACCUGUCGAUCUGGAGGACAGAUGUCUUGUACAAAGAAAACCUGCUUCUGUUAUGCCAAAGGACAAAAAUAUAAGGUUGGACAGAGCAUUAAAAAAGGCAAGUGUAUAUGCAGAUGUAAUUACAAUGGACGGAUAUCCUGCUCAAACAAGUACUGUCUAAAAGUUUACAACAACGGCAAGUAA